CUUUUGAUAACCAUUUCGUAACAUUUGAAUCGUUUGAAAAGGGCUAGUCCCAAAAACCAAAAAUUUUUAUGUGUUUAAUGUAUUCCAUAUAAACGAAAUGAUGAUCAUAUAGGUUCGUAGUUAAAGCCAAAACACUUAAUUGUUGAAAUAAAUGUACAGCACGCGUUACGUAUGUAUUGACGAACUAUCCACAGCAGGAUUGUUAGUAUUGUUACAGUAAGUAAAAGUGAAGCGUAUAAAGAACAAAAUACCAUAGAGAUGUCAGUGCAUUGAACAGAAACAGUUAUUAGAGGUUUAGUACGAAUUAUAAAAGAUAAAAGGAAGUCACCAAAACCAAAAGCUGUCAAAACACGUGCCUACUAUUAAAUGUAGCAUGAAAAUAUGAAGCCAGUGUUAAUAUUGCGGUUCAUUACUCAUUUCAGGAGUUUGUUGCGGCAGCACUGUAAUUGACAGGCGGACAGAAGAUCACAUAGAGGAGAAAUACGUACUAAAUCAUUCGAGGCAAAAUAUUUUGGCAUCGCAAAUGUUGCCACGCUUUUGCGCAAAGCUGCGAUAGAUAUGUGUUCCUAUCCCAACUGGUUUCAGCUUGUGCCAAGCAAAUUAUGCGUCGUCACUGCCAGAUCUUCAAGUAGUUUCGAUUAUUGCAGUCGGGGUCAGUUGAACGUGGCACCGAAAAAAGCUAGAAGUAAUGUUUCAAAAAUGUAAAAAUAAGACAAUGCACGUUGAUGAUGCCCUAGAGAUAGCAAGGAAAAACUUUCUGUCUUGUACACCCGUAAAUCAAAUCAAUUGGCACGGACUGUUGGAUGACAUCAGUUGGGAACAUCAGGAAAAGCUACUAAAUUUCACAGUAAACAACUCUCUAGUCAUUCAGUACCCAAUAAGACUAGGGUAUCAGAUCGCAUUUCUCAAACACAUUAUUCAUCACUUGAACAAGAUGAGCGUAGAGCAGCACGAUCAAAUUUAUGAGAAAUACUGCUUUUUACUUGAAAGUCAAUCAGGAAUGACGGACCAAGCUGGAUUUAGUUUUAAGCACUACGAAUUACCUGGUAACGGUGUGAUUACAUUAAAAGAAUCGAGUGCACUCAUAUCGGAAGGCACCACCGGAUUGUGUAGCUGGCAAGCCUCGAAAGCCAUGUGCGAGUUUAUAUUCAACAAUUCAGAAGAUUUUCGUGGCAAAAACAUACUGGAACUUGGAUCGGGUGUUGGACUCACCGGUAUUUUUAUGGCCAAACAUUGCGAUCCAUCGAUGUUGGUACUUUCCGAUUGUCACAGCUCUGUCCUCGGCACCUUGAAACACAACGUUGAACUAAAUUUUCCCAAGGGCGCCAAAGUUGACUGUGACAACCCUUUGGUGAAUUGUUUAAUCGAUAAUGGCGAUUCCUUGGUGGUCGUGAUGGAUCUUGAUUGGAGCUACAUCAAUGAAUCGAAUUUGCACCAGUUGAUCGAGCCGGAAGUGUUGGUUGGCACGGACAUUGUUUACGAUCAUUCAUUGUUUCAGCCAUUGCUAACAGCAAUCAACCACGUAUUUUCAUUGUCAAAUAAUAGGUGCAAAUUCUUUCUCUCAUGCACUGAACGAAAUCAGGACACUCUCAGUGAUUUUUUGGAACUGCUUGUGAUGGCCAAAUAUCGUAUAAAUGAGGAGACUGUGUGCCCUUCUAAGCACUUCCAGUGGGACUCUACAACAGAUAAAAUAAGAAUAUUUACAAUAACGCGAGAUUGGAGUUAUGAAUAAAUGGACGAGAUGUAGUAUGAAUUAUGUUGGUACUAUUUCCCAUUUAUCAAAAUUGAA